UUUUCUAGACCCCCUCCCCUGUAUGUUUUUGUUAGGGGAAAAGUUGUUGGUAGUUAGGUCGUGUGAAUGUAGCGUUUCCCCGUCGGUUUUUCGCCCCUCGGUAACAAUGCAGGGGAAUGCGCCCAGUUUUUUACUACUUUAAAGUCGGACCGCGAGUUUGUGAGCAGGGUUACAGACGCUUCACGUCCUCCGGCUCGGACUGAAAAAUCUCAGUGGCCAUCAUCGUUUCACCUCUGCCGUCUCGUUAGCCACCUAGCUGCUAACUAACUCCCCAACAAAGUUACCCUCGCCUCAUAGUGUGUGCUUCUCCUGUGGCAACCUCCAAGCAGAGAUGGCGGAAACCAAAAUAAUUUAUCACAUCGACGAAGAGGAGACGCCGUACUUGGUGAAGAUACCCAUUGCUGCCGAAAAUAUAACUUUGCUGGAUUUUAAACAGGUCUUGAACAAGCCAAACUACAAAUUCUUCUUCAAGUCUAUGGACCAGGACUUCGGGGUGGUGAAGGAAGAGAUUUCCGAUGACAGUGCCAAGUUGCCGUGUUUCAACGGCAGAGUGGUCUCAUGGCUGGUAUCUUCAGACUCUCCGACAGCAGAGCUUCCAGUGGCAGUGGUCCCACCGGUGGAAACGACUACCCAGCCUUCGCCCCCUCCUCCCCCUCUCCCUCCCCUACCUGUAGAGAGGACCGGAGGCAUCGGGGACUCCAGACCGCCCUCCUUCCACCCCAAUGCGACCGGCAGUGUGGAGACCCUUGACGACCAGACUGAGACGGAGUCUGUAGUUUCCUUCAGGAGGGAGAGGCCCCGGCACAGAGAGGGCAUGGAGCCACACGGGCCUCGCAUCAACGGGCAGAGUCGGCUGGAGCGCCACCUGGCAGGCUACGAGAGCUCCAGCACCGUGAUGAGCAGCGAGCUGGAGACCACCAGCUUCUGCGACUCGGAGGACGAUGACACCAUGAGCAGGUUCAGCAGUGCGACAGAGCAGAGCACAGCCUCCAGGCUUCUCAAGCGGCACCGCAGACGCAGGAAACAGCGCCCCCCACGUUUGGAGAGGGCCUCCUCCUUCAGCAGCGUGACGGACUCCACCAUGUCCCUGAACAUCAUCACCGUCACUCUGAACAUGGAGAAGUACAAUUUCCUGGGCAUCAGCAUCGUGGGCCAGAGCAACGAAAGGGGGGAUGGAGGCAUCUACAUCGGCUCCAUCAUGAAGGGUGGAGCUGUGGCUGCGGACGGACGCAUAGAGCCGGGCGACAUGCUGCUGCAGGUGAACGACAUCAACUUUGAGAAUAUGAGCAACGACGAUGCAGUGCGCGUCCUGAGAGAGAUCGUACACAAGCCAGGGCCCAUCAUCCUCACCGUGGCGAAGUGCUGGGACCCCUCCCCUCAGGGCUACUUCACCCUGCCUCGCAACGAACCAAUCAGACCCAUCGACCCGGCAGCGUGGGUGAGCCACUCGGUGGCAAUGACUGGAGCUUACCCCGCCUUCCCAGGCAGCUCCUCCCUCAGCACCAUCACCUCCUCCUCCUCCGUCACCGAGACCGAACGUUUCGAUGACUUCAAUCUAUCCCUGCACUCUGACAUGGCGUCCGUUGCCAAGGCCAUGGCCUCGCCGGAGUCGGGUCUGGAGGUCAGGGACCGCAUGUGGCUCAAAAUCACCAUCCCCAACGCUUUCCUCGGCUCAGACGUAGUGGAGUGGCUCUUCCACCACAUCGAGGGAUUCCAGGACCGCCGCGAAGCCCGGAAGUACGCCAGCAACCUGCUGAAGGCCGGCUUCAUCCGGCACACCGUCAACAAGAUCACCUUCUCCGAACAGUGUUACUACGUCUUUGGAGAUCUGAGCGACUGCGAGAACUACAUGGCCAACCUGUCGCUGAAUGACAAUGACGGCUCCAGUGGGGCGUCAGACCAGGACACCUUGGCCCCACUGCCUCUCCCUGGGGCAUCCCCGUGGCCCAUGAUGCACACCUUCCCCUACCAGCCCUACCCCACACAUGCCUUCUCCAGCCAGCCCCCUCCGUACCACGAGCUCACCAGCUACAGCUACGCCCCGGGCUCCACCGGCAGCCAGCACAGCGAAGGGAGCCGGAGCAGUGGAUCGACGAGGAGCGAAGGGGAGCGUCGUCGCAGCACUAAAGGACCGGGCAGCACCGUGGGCGGGGGGGAGAAAUCCCCCUCUGGCGGCGUCGGAGAAGGCGGCGCCGACUCGCGCUCGGGCAGCGGCAGCGAAUCAGAAUACUCCACCCGCAGCAGCUUGAGGCGCGGCCACGGCUCAGCCGCCCCCAGCGAGCACAGCCACGCCUCCUCCCAGCGCUCGCACCAUCACCGCAUUCCCCAGGCCCCCCACAUGUCCCCCUACCCGCCUGGUAUUCUGCCGUACAACCCCAUGAUGGUGAUGAUGGUGCCCCAGCAUGCACACCCCAUGGCGACCGCUCACGCUCUUCCUCACCCGCAGCAGAUGUCCACCCAAAUGCACCCGGCUCUAGGACCGCUCCCUUCUUCCACCCCAGGGGGGCCUCCGGGUGCCCCACCCACCCGUGACCUGGGCGCCGUUCCCCCAGAGCUGACUGCAUCACGCCAGUCCUUCCACCUGGCCAUGGGAAACCCCAGCGAGUUCUUCGUGGACGUCAUGUAGAACUUCCUUUUGUCUGUCUCGUGUUGAGUGACCAUUCAUGUGAAGUUAGCGUACGGUUCCCACUUGUUUUGACAAGGGUCGGGCGGUAGCUUUAUGAGCUCACAAAGGCCUAUUGGAUUGAGGGCACUUGUUACAAAUUUGGUGAGAACAGGGUUUAACUUUGACAGAGAAAGUAAGACGAAAUGAAAGCGCAGUUAAUGUGGUAUACAGUCUUUUUUAUUAAAUACACUACAGUUACUUUUUCAAAGCUCAAUCCAGAAUGACCAGUUCUGCUUUUUUAUAUUAGUAGAUCUCAGGACAGAUUUUGAUUGUCAAUCAGAGCUGCUCAACCUUUUCUUUUUUUUUUUUGCAAUCCUCAAAAUGAAAUAUUUUAGGAGGGGGAAACAGGUUCCCAAAUCACCUACGAUUGUCAGAGCCAGGAAGCGCACAGACCGCAGAUCAACACUAGAGGGUGACAGGUACACUGUGUACUCGAAAGGAUACAAUCCUGUAAACAGGUUGGCAGCACAGGAGUAUAUUGAGUGCCUUACUCUUUGCAUUUUUCGACAUAUUCUCACACUCCAGGUACAUGAAACCAACUCGUCAUGUUUCAGCAUUGUUUGACAAUGAACUUCUCUGUAUAUACCUACUACUCCUAUGUAAAUGCAACACUACAAAAGCUCUAAUGUGAAAAAAAAAAAAGGUCCAAAAAUGUCAGGUGAACUUGUGUUUAGUAGUCACUGUCUAGGCCUAGUCGUCAAAUAACUCUUAUUGUGAGGAGUUUUUCGGUGUGGACUGUAGCGGCUUAACGGUACUGAUAGGAGAAAAGACAAGAUGCUGAAAGCGGUACUUUUUGAUAACAUACAGUGUAUAUCUUAAGUAACUGUGAUCCAAACGCCCCAUGCUUAUUUUUAUGUUACUGACUCGCAUUAUUCACCCGUUUCAUUUUUGUAUGAGUGACUAUAUAAAUCUGGUAUAACCGAACUAUUAAGGUGCUAAAUGAAGAUUCAACAUUUCAAAAAAAGAAUGACAUUGACGGUGUCACGUUGUUUGAUUUCUUAUCUCCACCUUUGUUUGUGUACUUGAGAAUAAAUUUGAUACUUA